AGGAGCAAAUGCCAGCAUGACUAGGGUCUGAGGAAGUGCUUCUGUGUUCCUACCAAGUGUUUGCGGGUGCAGAGGAAGGGUGCAAGGACAGCAGGGACAUUCUGAGCUACAAUGGAUAUCCCCACCGAUCUGGUGCCGUCCUCCAUGAUGUCCCAACCUGAGGUGAUUGAGUCCACAGCCAUGAGCGAACCACAGUGCUACUACAAUGAAACCAUUGCCUUCUUUUAUAACCGAAGUGGAAAAUAUCUAGCCACUGAAUGGAACACUGUCAGCAAGCUUGUAAUGGGACUGGGAAUUACUGUCUGCAUCUUCAUAAUGCUAGCCAACCUCUUGGUUAUGGUGGCUAUUUAUGUCAACCGCCGAUUCCACUUUCCUAUUUAUUACUUAAUGGCCAACUUAGCUGCUGCAGACUUUUUUGCAGGGCUGGCCUACUUUUACUUAAUGUUCAACACAGGACCCAACACUAGAAGAUUGACUGUAAGCACCUGGCUUCUCCGUCAGGGUCUCAUUGACACUAGCCUGACAGCCUCUGUAGCCAAUUUGUUGGCCAUUGCUAUUGAGCGGCACAUUACAGUUUUCCGAAUGCAGCUACAUACUCGGAUGAGCAACCGGCGAGUGGUGGUCGUAAUCGUUGUUAUCUGGACUAUGGCCAUCAUCAUGGGCGCCAUACCAAGUGUUGGAUGGAACUGUAUUUGUGAUAUUACUCACUGCUCCAACAUGGCACCACUCUAUAGUGACUCCUACCUGGUCUUCUGGGCUAUUUUCAACCUGGUUACUUUUGUGGUCAUGGUGGUCCUAUAUGCUCAUAUCUUUGGAUAUGUCCGCCAAAGGACUAUGAGAAUGUCCAGACACAGUUCUGGACCCCGCAGGAAUCGGGACACCAUGAUGAGCCUCCUGAAGACUGUGGUGAUUGUGCUUGGUGCUUUCAUAGUCUGCUGGACCCCAGGAUUAGUCUUGCUGCUCCUCGAUGUCUGCUGUCCCCAGUGCAACGUCCUGGCCUAUGAAAAAUUCUUCCUGCUCCUGGCGGAGUUCAACUCCGCCAUGAACCCCAUCAUCUACUCUUACCGGGACAAGGAGAUGAGCGCAACAUUCAAACAGAUCCUCUGCUGCCAGCGCAGCGAGAGUGCCAACGGCCCCACCGAAGGCUCGGACCGGUCGGCAUCAUCUCUCAACCACACCAUCUUGGCUGGCGUCCACAGCAACGACCACUCAGUGGUGUAACACAGCAGCUAGCUGUGUGGCCGACAAAGAGCAGCAGGCUAUGCCGCAGAUUGGGGUGGGUGCACGGCCCUGGGGAAGGUAACUCACUCACAAAGUUUUCUCAAACACUAAAAUGGACUACAAGUUCUUCUUUUCCAGGGAGCCUGGCACACUGGCACACUCUGCCCUGUCUGCAAGACUGGUUGUGCUGCAAGGCCUUUGAUUUCUACUUUAAAAAAGUAGAAGGCAGAUGCCUUGUGGUGGUCAUCGAUAGCCCAUGGAAAGCCUCAUUGAGACUUUGUCGGACUUCACUGCAUCUUGGUGCCAGUCUGAAUCAGCUCUGAUUAAUUAAGCUUAUACCUGCUUCACUGCAUUUACAUGUAGCCACUUAGUCUUUUUAAAAAGGGAGUAAAGGGGAUAAAAGUAAGCCUAUCAUUUAAUAGACAUGUAAUAUUUAUCACCAUCAGCAUGCUUGUGAUGAACAUUUUCUGUGCAGGGAAUAAAACUGUGCUCUAGUCUUUGUAUCCUUAGCCACACUGCCAUAACUACAGUAAAAACAAAAGUAUUUUUUUCUAAUACAGGCAGCAGGAAGAUGAUGGAAACUGACUCUUCUUACCUUCAUUAAUGGUAUUAGAAAGCAUGCAUGUUCUGUGUGUAUGCAGAUUGUUUUAAUUAUGGGGGGAACAAAAAAAGCUCGUUGUAAAGUCUGCAGGAAAGUAGAAAAGCAUAGACUGUAUUCCAGUGUUUGUUUAGAUUAUGAAAUAAACAGUACUUUAGUCAAAA